AAGGUGAGGUUAUCUUAUAACGAUAGAAUUGGCAGCACUGGUAUUCAUCAGGGAGCUUCCACCAGUAGUCGGUACUCAACCGACUCGAACGUUUCACAUCGCCGUGCAAGAAGUGCGGGAGUGAAAUAAUAAAAAUUAGGGUGACAUUAUAUCAAAAUGAGUGGUCUAUUAAAGCUGUCGUCUUUACUAGUGAGAAAUCCUCCCACAACGACGUUGAAUAAAUUGGGAUUACCUGUUAUUACAAAUCGCAAAUUACAUUAUACACCAGAUGGCAAAGCUGCAAAAAUCUCAGAUGGUGUUUCUAAGCAUUAUCCAUUAGUAGAUCAUACUUAUGAUGCUGUUGUUGUUGGUGCUGGUGGAGCAGGAUUACGUGCAGCUUAUGGUUUAGUUGCUGAAGGAUUUAAGACAGCAGUUGUUACUAAAUUAUUUCCUACAAGGUCACAUACUGUUGCUGCUCAAGGAGGUAUCAAUGCUGCUUUGGGUAAUAUGGAAGAAGAUAACUGGCAGUGGCAUAUGUAUGAUACUGUGAAGGGAUCUGACUGGUUAGGUGAUCAGGAUGCUAUUCAUUAUAUGACACGUGAAGCCCCAAAGGCAGUCAUUGAAUUGGAGAAUUGUGGCAUGCCUUUCAGUCGAACUUCAGAUGGUAAAAUAUAUCAACGUGCUUUUGGUGGACAAUCUCUGAAAUUUGGAAAAGGUGGCCAAGCUCACAGAUGUUGCUGUGUAGCAGACAGGACAGGUCAUUCCUUACUUCAUACAUUAUAUGGUCAAUCUUUGAGUUAUGACUGUAAUUAUUUUGUUGAAUAUUUUGCUCUGGAUUUAUUAAUGGAAGAUGGAGAGUGUAGAGGAGUGAUUGCUCUUUGUUUGGAAGAUGGUACACUUCAUCGUUUUCAUUCUAAAAACACAGUAUUAGCAACUGGAGGAUAUGGACGUGCAUAUUUCUCUUGUACAUCUGCUCAUACAUGCACUGGUGAUGGCACUGCAAUGAUAUCUAGAGCCAAUUUACCUAAUCAAGAUUUGGAAUUUGUACAAUUUCAUCCUACAGGAAUAUAUGGAGCUGGUUGUCUUAUCACAGAAGGUAGUCGUGGUGAAGGAGGCUAUCUUGUAAAUAGUGAAGGUGAAAGAUUUAUGGAACGUUAUGCUCCAGUUGCAAAAGAUUUAGCCUCUAGAGAUGUUGUAUCUAGAUCUAUGACUAUUGAAAUUCGGGAAGGCAGAGGUGUUGGCCCUGAAAAAGAUCAUAUUUAUUUGCAAUUACAUCACUUACCACCUGAACAGUUAGCAGCUAGACUACCUGGAAUUUCUGAAACAGCAAUGAUAUUUGCUGGAGUUGAUGUAACCAGGGAACCUAUUCCAGUUAUACCUACGGUACAUUAUAACAUGGGAGGAAUACCUACAAAUUACAAAGGACAGGUUCUAACGAGAAAAAAUGAGCAGGAUACAGUUGUGCCCGGACUUUAUGCUUGUGGAGAAUCAGCUUGUGCGUCUGUUCAUGGUGCUAAUCGUCUUGGUGCAAAUUCAUUAUUAGAUUUAGUUGUAUUCGGUCGUGCCUGUGCUAAAACAAUUGCAGCGGAAAAUAAGCCAGGAGAAACUAUUGGUCCUCUAAAACCCAAUGCCGGAGAAGAAACUGUGGCGAAUUUGGAUUGGGUCAGAAAUGCGAAUGGUAAUGUUUCUACUGCAGAAUUAAGAUUGAGCAUGCAAAAAACUAUGCAAACUCAUGCAGCUGUAUUCAGAACAGCUGAAACAUUACAAGAAGGAUGUCAGAAGAUGUCUGGCUUAUAUAAAAAAUUGAACGAUCUUAAGGUUUUGGACAAAUCUAUGAUAUGGAAUUCUGAUCUUGUAGAAUCUCUUGAAUUACAAAAUUUAAUGAUCAAUGCCAUGCAAACAAUAGUAGCUGCUGAAAAUAGGAAAGAAAGUCGUGGGGCUCAUGCACGUGAAGAUUUUAAAGAUAGAAUUGAUGAAUAUGAUUACAGUAAGUCAAUAGAAAACCAAAAACCUAGACCAUUGGAUCAACAUUGGCGAAAGCAUACACUUACAAAAAUAAAUGUUAGAACAGGAGAAGUAUCUAUCGAUUUCAGACCAGUUAUAGACAAUACUUUAAAUAAACAAGAAUGUGCGACAGUUCCACCUGCAAUUCGUUCCUAUUAGAAUUUUUUUUCAAAGAAGGAGCAACCGACAAGGAGAAGUUACCGAUAUCCUAUCAUUACAAUGCAGCAAUUUUAUUUAUUAUUGCACGUGAAUCAGAUCGUGCACCAAAGUGUAAUUCUUGUCAAUACUUGCACGUGUUGCAAGCAAGAUUAGUUGUCCUUGUAGGAUAAUGGUGCUGAAAUUAUCUUCAUUAUUUUAAAGAAGAUUUUAAUCGAUCUCUUAGCAAAUCAAUGCUACAUUUAUGUAAAUUGAAUAGUAAAAUAUUCUAGCGUGAUUCAGGCAGCAAAUAAUUUCACGCACAGAUCUUUUAAGGGGGAACGUUCUGCCUACCUCUACAAUUUUCAGUAUUUCUCUUUCUGUAAUUCUCAGUCGGAAUAAUGUCUUUUUCUACCGAACAAUUUUGCAAAUUCUAUCUAAUAAUAAGAGUUAUUUAAUGAAGAUAUUUUGUACGAUAAUUCAUGAGCUAGUACUCCCUAAAAGGUUGUGCAGCAAGAGUAUGCCACUUUAAAUGCGGCUAUAUACUUAACAUUAACAGGUUAAUAUAGAAACAGUUUUAAUCACAAGAAUAACAAUUAAACUUGAUUUAUUUAUGAUCAAAACUUGAUCAUAUUUUGUAUUUGAUAGUAUAAAUUUAUUCUCUAAUAUAGAAUAAUAAUGCUGUUUGUGUUUUUAGUUUGGAGUGUCAGUACUUAUAUCAUUAUAUGUAGCUUGGUUUGGAUUUUAUUUGAUUAUCUGUUUCUACAUUGCCUGUUAUAGCAGUCAUGUAUUAUUUUUAUCGUACUAUAUAUUUCAUAAAUAAUCUCGAAUAAUGUCGAAAUCAAAAAGUACAUGGAUGAAAUCGUGUACUUUAAUCUGAAAAGAUAUGCUGCGCAGCAUGAUAUGUACAUAAACUUGUCAAUAAAAGAAAAAUCUUCAUUCUUCUA